UAAGGUUCUCUUGCUUUUUUUUAAAGCUUAUUUUUAAGGUGCAAUGAAAGCUGUCCAUGUUUUCUGUAUUGCCCUUUUGGUGUUUGGGAGUGCCUCUGAAGCCAAGUUUGAUGAUUUUGAGGAUGAGGAAGACAUAGUAGAAUAUGAUGAUAAUGACUUCGCUGAAUUUGAGGAUGUCAUGGAAGAUUCUGUCACAGAAUCUCCUCAGAGGGUGAUAAACACUGAAGAUGAUGAAGAUGAGACCACUGUGGAGUUGGAAGGACAGGAUGAAAACCAAGAAGGUGAUUUUGAAGAUUCAGAUACCCAGGAGGGAGACUCGGAGAGUGAGCCAUAUGAUGAUGAAGAAUUUGAAGGUUAUGAAGAUAAACCAGAUACUACUUCUAGCAAAAAUAAAGACCCAAUAACAAUUGUUGAUGUUCCUGCACACCUUCAGAACAGUUGGGAAAGUUAUUAUCUAGAAAUUUUGAUGGUGACUGGUCUGCUUGCUUAUAUCAUGAACUACAUCAUUGGAAAGAAUAAAAAUAGCCGCCUUGCCCAGGCCUGGUUUAACACUCAUAGAGAGCUAUUGGAGAGCAACUUUACCUUAGUAGGUGAUGAUGGAACUAAUAAAGAAGCCACAAGUACAGGAAAGUUGAACCAAGAGAAUGAGCACAUUUAUAACCUAUGGUGUUCAGGUCGAGUGUGCUGUGAGGGCAUGCUUAUCCAGUUGAGAGUAAGUAAUGCAGCGGUAGCUGCCACUACCACUGGCGCGGUGAGAAUGCCACGGCCCCCGAAUACGCGCGGCUCAGGCCUUAUCCCGCCGUGCUCCUUCUUCUCCGCCCCUUUCGCUGCCGCCGCCGCCGCUGCUACCACCGCCGCUUCACAGCCCGUUGCUGACUGGGGGAGGGGGGGGGAGGAAAAAGCACGUCUGACAUGCGCAGUGAGGAAAUCUCGGGCCGAGGGGCGGAGCCUAGAGGGGGCGGGGAUGGUUCAUUUUCUUACACACUAUGCUGACAAGAUUGAAUCCGUUCAUUUUUCAGACCAGUUCUCUGGUCCAAAAAUUAUGCAAGAGGAAGGUCAGCCUUUAAAGCUACCUGACACUAAGAGGACACUAUUGUUUACAUUUAAUGUACCUGGCUCAGGUAACACUUACCCAAAGGAUAUGGAGGCUUUGCUACCCCUGAUGAACAUGGUGAUUUAUUCUAUUGAUAAAGCCAAAAAGUUCCGACUCAACAGAGAGGGCAAACAAAAAGCAGAUAAGAACCGUGCUAGAGUGGAAGAGAACUUCUUGAAACUGACACAUGUGCAGAGACAGGAAGCUGCACAGUCUCGGCGUGAGGAGAAGAAAAGGGCAGAGAAGGAGCGGAUCAUGAAUGAGGAAGAUCCUGAGAAACAGCGCAGGCUGGAGGAAGCUGCUUUGAGACGAGAGCAAAAGAAAUUGGAGAAGAAGCAAAUGAAAAUGAAACAAAUCAAAGUUAAAGCGAUGUAAAAUCAUCCCAGGGAUCUGAGUCCUUAAUGCUUACCCCUAAGCUCUGAGUUCAUAGGAAACAAAAAACAGGAGACCACUUCUCAUCUUAAAAUUGACAUAAUCUUGGUGACUGAGAAAUCCUUAUUUCAUCAACUAUUAUACUCUUGGUUUGGAGUUUUUCAGAGAUUGUCAACACAGUGAAAGGGCUCUGUUUCAGUAAUUUUCUUCAGGCAAUCAAAUUAUUUUGAUUAUUUUAUAAAAGGAAUGAUAUAUAAAUAUAUAUGUAGUUUUAACAUAUUUUUUAAAUUAUAAAUGAAUUAUCAGUGCUUUUAGUACUUUGAUGUUUGAAAAACUAUCAUGAAAUUUAUAGGUAGCUAAUUAGGUUGUUACUUUGUGUUUAAACUGGGCAGUUGAAAAGCUAUGGAGGCUGACUCUAAACCAAGAUUUUGCAAAUAACUAUUGGAAUUACACAAUAAAUAUUGCUUGGUGUUUUCUCCUGUGUCUACAUUAAACGUGUGAAAAUGUAAAAUUUAGAACACUAUGUGAUAAUGAAAUUUCAAUAAUUCAAAACAUAAUGCAGUAUAUGUUUUAUAGGAGGGAUGUACUGAUGACAGUAUUAUAGGAAACCUGAGUUAUUAGGAUACUUACACAGAUGUGGAAAAUUCUAAGGAUAGAUAAUAUAGGAACAAAGUUUUCUCCUUACCAGACACUAUGAGCUGAUGUCAAUGUAAAUGCUGAAUUUUUUUUAGUGGUUGUAUGUUUAUUUUUCUUGAAUAACAAAUGCAUGAACAAUUAACAACUACUUCAGCUAGGUCAGAUCAGCAAUCAGGUCAUUGGUCUCUGUGAGGUCAGAAGUAUUUUUUCUUCUUAGCUGCUACAGCUUACUGAAUGUUCUUGGGGGCUCUAAUCUGUUAUGGCCUUGUACCUUUGCUUCUCUCUCUGUUUUUAUUUCUUCUGCAGUUGAGGCUGGGUAUUUUCUUUCAAAGAAAUAGUCAUUGAUAUGCAUAAAUCUGCUUUUAAAAAAAAUGAGCUUUCCUAAACUUUUGAGAGUUCUGCCUUUUGAGGAAGAAACUCUUGGGGGAGAGACCUAUAUAAUCUGCACAAGCAUUUGGCUUGUUCAGAUUUCUGCAUUUUAUAAAUGCUUCUUACUGAGAAAGCAUUUUUUUUUAAGUUACUGCUUGUACCAGGUAAUUUUUGUGGGAAUGAGAAAGGGUUGGGUUUUGAUGGGAGUGGGGUGGUGGGGUUCUUGUUGAUGCUUUAUGUGCAGGUCUGUUCUGAGGCAAUGACAGUGAAUUGCUAUGAAAACAGCUGCUGCCCUUGUAACUGCAUGGUAAUGUGUCACCUGAGUGUCCUCUAGGUUCAUACAGAAGUGUGUAAACUGGGAAAUGUGGAUAUAAUGUUUUUAACAGCUCACAGAUCUAAAGUUACUAAAAUGACAACACAAAUAUAAUUAAUGCUAUAUAAUUUUAGACUUAAUCUUGUUUUACAAACCUUCAAAUCAAAGAUGAUGUGCUUAUCUAUCUCUUGAGAAUAUAAACUUUCUUAAAAGUCCCACACAUUUGGACCAUGGCAGCUAAUUUUGUAAUAUAAACGUUCAUAUGAACUACCUAUGGACAUAUAUUAAACUGAUUGACAAAAUCUCA